GAGGGGAGGAAGGAGUUGUAGAGGUCUGCAGACUACACUAGGACAAUGAUAAGUAGAUAGGAAAGCCUAGAGUUAAUGUAGAUUUCAUCAUGUCUCGUUUUUCUCUUGAAUGUGGGGAAUGUUGACUUCUUUGGAAUGAUGACAGUGAGGUAUUCUGGACUGAUCGCGGAUAGCAGAAGGUGUAUACAUACAGCAUACCCGAGAUCAUCUUCUCGUACUCGUCGUUCCAGGGUACAUGAUUGAGUUUCUUUGCCUUCUCAAUCUCUUGUGUGUUCUUCUGUUGUGCUGCCAUUCUGAAAUGCAAAUCGCCGUAGAUUUAGAUAUGUUUUCUGGUCCUUAUGCUUUGGUGUUUCCUGGUCGUACUUAUAGGCAGUCGCAGUCCAUACGACGUACGACGAGCUUGGAAAUGACGCCAAGUGGGGUAGGAGGGAAUUCACCCCAGAUGCAAUGGGGCAAAACUUCGCACUUUAGCGCUCAAUCCAGUUCAGCUGGAGCAAUUGAUCACGCAGAGGGUCUGCUAUCGCUGUUCCCACAUUCCCGGUCGAAAGCAGAGUGCUCCACAGAUUUGGCGGCACGACUUCUGACCAGUUAGAGCUCGCCUGAAUCUAUGCCCUGGGAAGUUCUCUUGUGUCGUGUGCUUGGAUACAUCAUACUUGCGAAUCGGUCCGAUUGGAGCAUGUUCGUUUACUUCUAGUUUUGGAGAUGCACUUUGCCAUGCCGUCGGA